AUGCGGGAACAUCAUCGGGAAGAGAAGUGGAAUCGUUCUUGGGAACAUCCUACUUGGGGCGCUUCCAACACUGCUCUAGCUAGAUGGCUUCCUCCAGUUUAUGAAGAUGAACUAAGCCAGCCCAGAGGAUGGAAUCUUGGUUUCUUACAUCAUGGAUUUCCAUUGCCUUCGGUACGUGAAGUGACGAGAAAAAUUAUUGAGGCGUCUAACGAGGCUGUCACUGAAGAUGAGUUAUAUUCUGAUCUGAUCACUGUGUGGGGCCAGUAUAUCGACCACGACCUGGCCUUCACUCCUCAAAGUGAGAACCCACCUUCCUUCCAGGGAGCCCUCAACUGCCAAGUGACCUGUGCAAACCAAAAUCCAUGCUUCCCCAUACAGAUCUUCUCCAAUGAUACAUUCUCUACAAGGAUGGAUUGCAUCCCUUUUUAUCGUUCAACGCCUUCAUGCUCCACUGGCCAACAGGGGAAAGCGUUAGGAAAUCUAUCGGCGGAAAACCCAAGGCAACAGAUGAAUACAGUUACUUCCUUCCUGGAUGCCUCGACUGUUUACGGCAGCACAGCUGCUGCGGAGAGCAGGCUAAGGAAUCUGACCAGCGAAGGAGGCCUCCUUAGAAUUAACCUGCGGCAUUUUGAUAAAGGGCUUGGAUAUCUUCCUUUUGUUGACCAGGUGCCUUCUCCUUGCGCCCAAGACCCAAGGGAGGACAAAGCAGAGAGGAUCGAGUGCUUCAUGGCUGGCGAUACCAGGUCGAGUGAAGUGCUUUCCUUGGCUGCUCUGCACACUCUCUGGUUGCGAGAGCACAACCGCCUGGCCAAAGCCCUAAAGGAGCUGAACCCCCACUGGGCUUCCGAAACCGUCUAUCAAGAGACUCGCAAAAUGGUUGGUGCCUUACAUCAGAUUAUUACCAUCAGGGAUUACAUUCCCAAGAUCAUCGGUCCGGAUGCUUUCGAACAAUACAUUGGUCCGUAUCAAGGCUACGAUCCCACAAUCAACCCAACAGUCACCAACGUAUUUUCGACCGCAGCCUUUCGCUUUGCUCACGCUGCAAUUCAUCCACUGGUGAAGAGGCUGAACCCACGGUAUAAGGAAGACCCAACGCUUCCUAAUCUUUACUUGCAUGAGGCUUUUUUCACUCCCUGGAGACUCAUUAAAGAAGGUUAUAAUGAUUGGCGAGAAUUCUGUGACUUGCCAAGGCUGAGGACUGAACAGGAGUUGAUGACAGCAAUAGAGAAUAAAACCGUUGUCCAAAGAAUUAUGGAACUCUACAGAAGCCCCGACAAUAUCGAUGUCUGGCUGGGGGGAAUCGUAGAAACUAUUCACCCUGAUGUCAGAACCGGCCCCUUGUUUGCAUGUAUCAUUGGAAAGCAAAUGAAAGCGUUGAGAGAUGGCGAUAGGUAA